UGAACAUACCGAAAAGAUGUUUAAAGUACAAAACAGUCCACUCUUUACAUCAUGCAUGCACUUUGGGAGUUCAUUUGACUAAAUUCAAGAAAACUGCUUUUCUUUUUUCUUAAAAAAAACAAUCAAAACGUAAAUCACUCAGGGACAUAUUCACUUCUUUUAUUAAAACUUCACAUGAUCAUCACGAGUAGACAAAUGCGUUCAAAACAAGCCCGAGAGGCUACAGGCGGGUGCAGGUUUGAGGGCGCCUCGGCAGCUCAAGUUUAUAAUCCAAAUGGAAGCGAAGCCCGGGCGACCCAUCCGUGAUGAGAGCGGCGAGCAGGGGAGAGAUUGAAAACGCGGAUGUCUCUUUGGAAAGAGAAAUGAGCAGAUCGAGAGAGCUGCGCGCUGACUGGAAGGAGAGCGAGAGAGAUGGAGGCGGGGGGGAGUCUCUCAGCUCUGCGGGGACUGGAGCGCCCGUGUCCUGGACCGGCGGCGCAGUGCUGGCUAACAUUCAACCCUCCCCUUGUUCCACCACCAGUUCCACACACAAGCAGCGACAGCCUUUGAAGACCCUGCUGCCAUACGGGCUGCUCACGCCGUGCUUUCACCCCGCAUUCAUUGUCACUCGAAAGUCGGGGUAAACAACCAGAUUUCUUCACGAGUGAUUCCAGACAAUGAAUGGAGAAAUGGACUCCUCUGCUAAAGAACCCGUUUGGGUGCAGGAUGACCUGUUGAAGCUGUUGGAUGCCAUAAAGGGGAACCUGCCAGAAAAAGAUCUGGCCAAGUACAAGACGUCCGAGUCCCAUUUGGACUGGGAGAAAGUGGCUUUCAACUCGUACUCUGGGGAGAUGUGCAAACAGAAAUGGCAGGAAGUGUCACGUGAGAUACGCAAAUUCCGCACCCUUACUGAGCUGAUCGUGGAUGCGCAGGACUACGUCAAAAAUCCAUACAAAGGAAAGAAGCUGAAGAAGCACCCAGACUUCCCCAAAAAGCCGUUGACACCGUAUUUCCGUUUCUUUAUGGAGAAACGUGCCAAGUAUGCUAAAUUACAUCCAGAGAUGAGCAACCUAGAUCUCACAAAAAUCCUGUCCAAAAAAUACAAGGAGCUCCCAGAGCGUAAAAAAGAGAAAUAUGUGAAAGACUUUCUCAGAGAAAAGGAGACUUUCAUGUUCAGCAUGAUGAAGUUCAAGCAAGAUCAUCCUGACCUUCUUGAGAACGUUAACAAGAAGUCCAAUGUUCCAGAGAAGCCCAAGACGCCCCAGCAACUGUGGUACUGCCAUGAGAAGAAGGCCUUUCUCAAAGCACGUCCAGAUGCGACUACCAAAGACAUCAAGGACAGUCUUGGCAAGCAGUGGCCACAGCUCUCAGACAAGAAGAGGAUGAAGUGGAUCACAAAGUCUUUGGAGCAGCAGAAAUUGUAUGAGGAAAAGAUGCGCGAGUUUAUCCAGCAGCACCCAGAGAUGAACAUGACGGAGGAGAACAUCGUCAAAUCCACUCUGACCAAAGCAGAGAGACAGCUCAAGGACAGGUUUGAUGGGCGGCCAGACAAACCGCCUUCUAAUGGUUAUUCUAUGUUCUGUGCUGAGCUGAUGUCCAGUAUGAAAGACGUUCCUAGUACAGAGCGUAUGGUCAUGUGCAGCCAGCGCUGGAAACUCCUCACACAGAGCGAGAAAGAAGCCUACCAAAAGCGCUGUGAGCAGAAAAAGAAAGAAUAUGAAGUUGAGAUGAAUCGCUACUUAUUAAGUAUCUCCGAGGAGGAACAGCAGAGAAUACUGUCAGAACAGAAGAUGGGCCGCUUUAAAAAGGGAGGUGGAGGCAGUAGUCCCGCUUCCAAAAAGAAGAACUCUAAAGCAAAGUCCAGUACAGAGAAGCCCAAGCCUCCUGUGUCUGCAAUGUUUAUUUUCUCUGAGGAGAAGCGUCCAAAACUUCAACAGGAAAGGUCUGAUCUUUCUGACAUGGAGCUCACCAGACUACUGGCCCGCAUGUGGAACGAGCUUUCUGACAAGAAGAAGGAGAAGUAUAAAAACCUGGAGAUGACGCUGAAGGCAGAGUCUGAAAAACAGAGCAAAGACGACAAAGGGAAACUACCAGAAACGCCCAAAACAGCUCAGGAAAUCUGGCAACAAAGCGUCAUUGGCGACUAUCUUGCCCGAUUCAAGAAUGAUCGAGGGAAAGCUCAAAAAGCCAUGGAGGCCACCUGGAACACCAUGGAGAAGAAAGAGAAGAUCAUGUGGAUCAAGAAGGCUGCAGAGGACCAGAAGAGAUAUGAAAGAGAGCUGAGUGAGAUGCGAUCGCCUGCCCCAGUCAUCAUCCCUGGGAAGAAAAUGAAAUUUGAUGGGGAACCUAAGAAACCACCCUCGAAUGGUUAUCAGAAGUUCUCUCAGGAGAUGCUGUCAAACGGCGAGCUGAAUCAUCUGCCCAUGAAAGAGCGCAUGGGUGAAAUCGGAGGCCGCUGGCAGCGGCUCUCUCAGAAAGAGAAGGACCGUUACAAAAGGCUGGCAGAAGAGAAACAGAGGCAGUACAAAGUGCUGCUUGAGAAGUGGCUUGCGAGUUUAUCAUCACAAGAGAAAGCUACAUACAAAGAAUAUAAUUCUCUGAAACGGAGGAGCACAUCAAAACCAGGUGCCACUGCUGCUAAAGUGAAACCCAAGGCCAAACAAUCGGAUGAGGAAGAGGAAGAGGAGGAGGAUGAUGAUGAAGAUGACGAUGAUGAAGAGAAGGAAUCUGAUGACGGAUCAUCCUCUGAUGACAGUGAUGAUGAUGACGAUGACGAAGAUGAUAAUGAAGACGUAGAGGAUGAAGAGGUUGAGGAUAAAGAGAAUAAGUCAGAAAGCAGCAGCAGCGCUUCCAGCUCUGACGAUUCCUCAGGUUCAGACUCCGAUUGAGCCGGAGCAGAGUCAGGCUGAGCCCACAGACUGCCAGAAAUGCUGUGAACUGAGCCAUGAGCCGGGGGUCUGAGCCUGCUCUGCACUGCGCUCUUCUCACCACAGGAGGGGGCUCACCCCGCUGUCACACAUCUGCGCCACCUCUCACACACUCUUUCCUUUGCUUCUCUUCUCUUCUGUUCUCCCCUGCACUUCUGCUUUUAUUUUUUUCCUCCCUCUAUGAAUCCGCUUGGCAGGUUUUAAGGCAUUUUAGGCAAGGUGUAUGAGGAUGUAUAGUCUAAAUUCCUCCCAACACCGAAAAGGGUGCAGUGCUCUGCUAUUGGCUUGUAGUAGUCAUGAGGCGUUAUUAGGACGCCCUGUGUUUAUAUGUUAAAUGUAGGAGGACACAGAGAGCACCAUGUUCCAUUUUCUUUUCCGUAAAUGAGCCAAAGAGUCUCUUAGUUUUCACAGAUUAUUUCGGGAGGUACAGGGGACCAAAUAACUGCACUCUGAAGAAUGUUUGCUUUCUUUUCUUCUGUCUGUGCCUCUCCUGUUCUUCCUAGUAGCGUUGUUCCUCUCCCUUUCCUGCUCCCUCCAUUUUUGCUUUGGUGUUUGUGUUUGCUUCUUCGGUUCAAAACAAAUGUAUUUUCAGGAACAAUGAAGCCAUUUUGAAUGUGGCCGCAUGGACCCCGCUGGUCUCGCACGCGGUUCUUGUUCACCAGGCAUUUGUGCGCUGCCCUUACCUGCACCUGACGAGGGGUUAAAGGUGAAAAUGGACUAUUUAUUUUUGUCCUGUUGUAGGAAUGCUGCCUGUAGCUGUUUCGCCACAGCUGAUGGGUUUGAGUUCGCUGUUCAUUCAGAUAAUAAAACCGACUGAUGUUACAUAAUGAGGUCUAGUUUAUCAGUUAAUUGUUUGGCAGCACAAGCAAAGUUCUUGCAGAAGUAUGCUCGUUUUGUUUUGUUUUUUUUUUGUGUAUGGGGCACCAACAUGUUUUUCUUCUGUUUGUUAAUAAUAGAUAUGUAUUUUUUGAAGCUGACGUUUUGUUCCUCUUUCCAACCACUGUUUUAUUUGGUGCUCCAAAGAACUGUUUUUCUUUUGAAAAUGAUAUGUUUUAAAUAUGAUGGAUGUGAGUUACCCCACAAUUCAGUGCACUUAUGAUGGAGUCGCUAGCUCACAAACCUAGUGUUUUUUUCAGUAUUCCUCUUUCUGCGUUUCACUCAUUAGCCCAUAAUGUCUACCACUUCACAGGUCUUUCACGCACCAGCUCAAGGAAUGUAAUGGAGAUGUUUUAUUUAAGAGAGGGGUACCGUUAUUUGUUAUGUGUUUAUGUAUAUAUGAACCGUUUUGAGGGUGACUGGUAUAUUCUCUCAUUCCAAUGCCCUGGCCUGAAAUGGCAACUAAAUUUAGUUAAACCCACAACCCAGCUUCCUCCGCAGAGCUACCAACUUUUACUCCCUAGUGAUUUUUCCCUCUAUCAAAACUUUGAACCUUGAUCAUUUGCAUGUAAAGACAAGCAAAUAAGUUGGGGGGGUCAAAACAGAUCUGGAUGCUGUAAUUUCUGUACCAGACAUGUGACCUUUAUUCUAGGCAUCCAAAGUAAUCAAGGUCUGUAUCAUGCGAAAAUUUGUGUUCUUGGCUCAGUUUGAAAAACAUAAUUUGGUUAUAGAUGUUUUGAUUGAUGGGCCGGGAUAAGAAACCCAGUGGACCUUUCAAGAUUUGUUGAUAUUUUAUAGGAUUUUGAGACUUGCAAAUAGAUUUGGGUUGGGUUCAGUGCUGUUGUAAGGUAUUUGUACAUAUAGCUUUCUUUUAAUUUCCUUUGUAAUUAGUGAACAUUAUUGCGUUUGUAUUUUCAAUUGGCUAAGCAUUAAGCAAUAUGCUGCUGUAGCCAAAAUGAGUUUGUUCGUCAAUUGGGGACAUGUUUUUAAUUUGGUAAGUUUUAGUUUUUUACCCCUUCCCAUGUUUGUUUAUUUGUAGAAAUUACAAAAAAAGAGAGAAAGCUUAAAUUUGUACUACAGGUUUGAAACAUUUGGACGUUUUCUAUAGCAAGAGAUGUGAUAUCCCUGCAAUUUACAAUUUGAGCAAAUAAACCUUCUCUUAAA